UCAAUUGGGUUCCCACGAAACGGUGGGGCCCAUCGUGACCAGGAGACAAGCAAAAAAAAUGGGAAAAGGCUGGUUAACUUGUGUCUCGGUGUCAUGUUUAUCUCCACGAAGAGACAAAAAGCAACAAAAAGCCGAGAAAGAGAGAAAAAAUGGUUUGUUAACAAAGAGUAGAGAAUCCUUUGAAUUUCCUGUGGAGAGACUCACAAUCGAGCCUCACUCCUUUAUUACUCGGACGUCGCCUCCUCCUCCUCCGUUGCCCGAUUUUGCUCCUCAGCCAUUGUUGCCACCAUCGUCCCCUCCUCCUCCUCCCCCUCCCCUUCCGGCUUCUGCCAGUAAUAAAGGUCAUGGCGAAUCCAAAGAAGCAAAGACAAGACAAGCUCUAGCUAUUGCAUCGGCUGUGGCAGCCGAAGCAGCUGUAGUUGCUGCACAUGCUGCUGCGGAGGUUGUGCGUCUUACAACGACCUCAACACAUCAAACAAAGGAAGCAACUGCCGCAAUCACUAUCCAAAAUGCGUAUAGAUGUUACAAGGCAAGGCGCACUCUAUGUGUGCUACGAGGAAUGGCCAGACUGAAGACGUUGCUGCAAGGAAAAUACGUCAAAAGACAGAUGAACGCGAUGCUUAGCUCAAUGCGAACUCUUACACGUUUACAAACACAGAUUCAAGAGAGGAGGCAUCGGUUAUCUGAAGAGAACAAAGUUCGUCACAGGUUAAUCCAGCAAAAGGGUCACCAGAAAGAAUACCAUCAGAAUCAGAAUUUGGUUAUUGCGGGAGAUUUUGAUUCCAGCAAUAAAUCAAAAGAACAGAUCGAAGCAAAGUUUGUGAAUCGAAAAGAAGCUUCUGUAAGACGUGAGAGGGCUUUGGCGUAUGCUUACAGUCAUCAGCAAACGUGGAGAAACUCUUCAAAACUUCCACACCAGACUCUGAUGGACGCAAACACUCCUCAUUGGGGUUGGAGUUGGCUUGAACGGUGGAUGGCUUCUCGUCCGUGGGAUCCUCAAUCAAACGAAGAUCAAGCAUCCCUCAAAAACUCUCUUAAACGCAAAAACUCCACCAAUACUUCUCCUGCAAGAACUAAAACAGUAAAGUCAGCCAGCCAGAAAGCUAUCAAGUGGCCUACAAACAAUGAUUCCAAGAGCGAGGGGAUUCACCGCAGGCACAGUAUCGGUGGUGGGUCAUCCACAAAUGUCAAAGAUGACGAGACCGUUGGUAGCUCUUUGUCACGCAGAAGUUCCUUUGGUAAAACGGAAACUGUGAAAUCAAAUGCUGGUGUGGAAACAACAACCAACUUGAGUAACCCACAACCUUCGAAAAAAUCCAAGGCAAGUAUGGGAACAACCAAAAACAUGAAUAACACGCAUGCUAUGAAAUCAAUGGCUAGGGUGGGAACAUUAGGAAUCUUUGGUAAGAAGCAAGAUGUGAAAUCCAAGGUUAAUGCGGGAACAACAAGCAACUUGGGUUUCCAAAAGAAGAAGGUUGUGUCUGAUGAUAAGAAGGAACCUCCGCAAAUGGUAUUGUCAAAGAAGAGGCUUUCAUCUUCUACUUCACUUGGGAAAACGAAGAAAUUGUUAAAUUCAGACAAAGCAACAACAGGUGGUGCAAAUGGAGAAAAAAAAAGAAGAAAUGGUGGUAGCAGUUAGCCUAAAGUUAUAGCCUUUUCAGACAAAGAGGUUGCUUUGGUGGCGAUUAAUAGAAUCAGCAUCUCAAAUCCGAGAUUUGUUUUCAAUCGAACGCAAAUACAAAAGUGAGGGAAAAAAAAGAUUGUAUUUUCGUUCUUGUCUUUGGGUGAGUAUAAAUUACUACUAUCUGUUUGGGUUUGGCUU